UGUUGCCCCUGCGAGGAUUUGUGGGGAUUUCUUAAAUACGGCGCGCGACUUUGAGCGUCAGUCGAUCAUCGAGUGCUGAAAAGCAAGAGUCGUGGUUAUUGUGGCCGUGAAGAUUUUUUGUGCGCUUUCUUGUGAAUAGUGUGUCAGCGAGCUCCGAGAUGUUGUGCAUGGGUUUGGCGUUAAUUGCCCUGUUGCAACCACUGGUGCACGUGGUGUCUGCUCAAGUUGCAGGCUACACUUGCACCACUCCGAACUCCGAACCUGGGAUGUGUCUCAACAUCAGAAACUGUGAACCGUUGCUGGCGCUCCUGCAACGCGAUGGUCUCGCUGCAGGCGACUUCCUGAGACGAUCGCUAUGCUCGGAUCAGAAUGGACAGCCUAUAGUGUGCUGUCCUGUGAACAACGUGAAUCCUUCGAGAGAUAGCAAGGAGAUUCAGCAAAAUGUGUAUACUCCCUUGGAGCCACCACACUGUGGUUUCAGCAACAUUAGUCAUGCUAGAGUGGUGGGUGGCGAACCAUCGAAACUAGGUGCUUGGCCGUGGAUCGCAGCGUUGGGUUAUCGCAGCGUCAAAAACCCCUCGAUACCAAGAUGGCUGUGCGGGGGUUCCCUGAUAUCGGCGAGGCACAUUCUGACAGCCGCUCACUGUGCCACGCGUGACGAUUUGUAUAUAGUACGCAUCGGUGAUUUGAAUAUAGUGCGCGACGACGAUGGAGCGAGUCCUGUCGAUAUCGAGGUCGAACGGAAGAUCGUGCAUCCUGGAUACACCGCCUCGCCGAAGGUAACGAACGAUAUCGCUGUCCUUCGACUGGUGCAAGAUGUACAGUUUACGAAUCUCAUCUACCCCGUUUGUCUCCCAGUGAACGAGCCCCUUCGAAGCAACAGUUUCUACAGAUAUUACCCCUUCAUCGCCGGAUGGGGAGCGAUAGGAACCAAGGGACCAGCCAGUGAGGAGCUCUUAGAGGCGCAAGUGCCUGUGGUUGGAAACGAUGCUUGUCGACAGGCUUACUCAAGGUUUGCUAGUGCGGUGAUCGAUGAUCGAGUAUUGUGCGCUGGGUACGCCCAGGGAGGAAAGGAUGCUUGCCAGGGUGAUAGUGGAGGGCCUCUGAUGUUGCCUCAGCAAGUCGUCAACUUCUAUCAGAUCGGGGUUGUAUCUUACGGUUUCAAAUGCGCCGAGCCUGGCUACCCAGGUGUCUACACCAGAGUCACCGCGCACCUCGAUUUCAUUAUUGCAUCGAUGCAAUAACGGAAGUCGACGUCGACCGAUCGACGAUGAUCGUGCAAAGUAUGAGGAAGUUUUCAGAUUUAUCGGUCUGGAUCCUCGUGCAACGAUUCUGAUGCCUGAAAGUAUUUUUUUACUUUAUCCAAUAUAAUCUUAAGAUGCACGAACUGUGAAAUAGUUGAUACUAGCGUUUUACACUUGCUUUUAUAUAAAUGAAUACCUGUAAAAACAUGACGUUUCCACAACUGUUUUCACAGUCUUGUAAAUCUGCUUAAUGUUACUAUUUUAACUAAUGCAAUUUUCUACGUGUCAUUCGAAAGUAUUCGAUCGCGUGCUAGGUAGCAAACAUUAAAGAGAACUUAUUCACUAGUUGAAAUUAUUAACUUUUAUCGACCACACAAGUGAUCAAAUACUUUCGAGUGUUGUGUUAGAUAAACGUACCAAUAGUUCGCUAUUUAAGAGAACGUUGUCACAAAAAUUUCUAUGUCUAUUUUUAGUUACGAUGACAUGAUUACAUACAAGAUUUAUUGAACCACUUGGA